CCUAGUUGCCGUCCUGAGUUAUUAAGUCUCAUAAUCAUGGGAGUAAUAACGAAAUUCAGUGGACGCAGCAAAGAAUUCGAAAAAUCUUGGCCACAAGUUCUGGCUAUAUUGAUAGGUGCUCUAGCUGGCUUAAACAAUGGACUACUAUUUUCAUGGGCUUCGCCAUUUUUAAUGAAAAUUGUCAACGAUGAUGAACACUAUGACAUAACUGAAGAAGAAGCCUCUUACUUCAAUAUUAUUCAACCUUUAUCAUUGAUGGUUGCAAGUCCAAUUUUUGCAAAACUAUCAGAUGUGAUUGGAAGAAAAAAAACAUUGCUAUUGAUUGUGAUACCUCAAAUAGCCAGUUGGUUACUAGCAGGCUUUGCAAAAUCCGUUUACGUAUUCUACGCUGCUAGAGUUUGUGCUGGUAUAGCAGAUGGUUGCCUAUUUUCCACUUUACCCACUUACAUUGGAGAAAUAGCUAACCCAUCAGUGCGAGGAACGUGGGGCAAUGCUAUCCCAACAUCGCUAUAUUUUGGAGAAUUUCUCAUUACAGUAAUUGGAAGCUACUUUGGAGUAACCCCGACAUCAUUCAUUUGCUUACCUUUAACAAUCUUAUAUCUCGCCAUGUUUGUAAUGAUGCCAGAAUCGCCAUAUUUCUGCAUUAUGAAAGGCGAAGAAGAGCAAGCGAAGAGUUCCCUACGAUUUCUCAAGCGACUUACGAAUGUUGAUGAAAUUUACAUGAGACUUAAAGCAGAUGUUGAAAGACAACUAUCAGAAUCUGGAGCUUGGAAGGACCUCAUUAAAAUCGAAAGCAACAGAAAAGCUUUACUUGCAGGAUUGUUUUUAAGGUUAAGUCAACAGCUGGCUGGUAUGAGUGUUUUCUUAACAUAUACUCAAUUUAUUUUUCAUAAAUCCGGAAGUGACGUCAGCCACGAAAUAGCGUCUAUGGUUUAUAUGGGGCUUUGUUCUGCCCUUAAUAUAUUAGCUACGAUAUUCAUUGUUCCUAGAUUUGGUAGGAAAGUUUGCUAUAUGACAUCUUCUGCUUUAUGUAGUAUAGUUCUCCUUAUUAUGGGGAUUUUCAUGUUCAUUAACGAUGAACUUGAAGUGGAUGUGAGUAGUUUCAGUUGGAUCCCAGUGGUUGGUAUGGUAAUGUUCCAAGUUUUCGCUUGUUAUGGAAUAGGAGUGAUCCCAACUUUGAUGCUUAGUGAAUUGUAUUCCGCUAGUAUUAAAUCGAAAGCGAUGACGAUCUUAGUUAUUGCAUUUGGAGUAGGAAAUUUCGCCACCAGUUCUAUUUUCUACAAUUUAAACAUUAUUUUUGGAUUCUAUUCGCCUUUCUUAUUUUUCAUGAUGUGUACUGCUGUUUCUGCUGUAUUAUCUCAUUAUAUAAUCCCAGAAACAAGAGGCAAAUCUUUAGAGGAAAUUCAACAAAUGUUAAAAAAUAACAAUAAACAUUAAUGAUCUUAACAAAUUGUAUUUAUUGUAAUUUUAAAAAACAAAUACCCAUCAUGUCUGU